AUAAGAUGGGGUGCGUUUAGGAAAUUCGUACUAUUUCCCAUAUCGUUCUUGAUUAAUCAGUUUAUAGAGCAGUUUCAGUACUAUGAAAGGCUUGAUAAUACUAUCUACAUGCCUGGCGAUGGCCUUUGCCAAACCGGGCUACGGCUACGAAGGUUUCGGCAGCUUUGGUUACGCCGCCCCAGCUAAGACCAUCAUCACCUCCUACAUUGCUCCUGCACCCGCUCCCGCUCCUCGCCCUCUUGCUUAUGCCGCUCCUGCACCCAUUGCUUAUGCCGCCCCUGCACCCAUUGCCUAUGCUGCCCCUGCUCCCAUUCUUGCUCCUGCUAAAUUAGAAGGACCUGUUUCUACUGGAGCCAUCCUGGCCGGACCUAAGAGCACUGGAGCUAUCUUGGCUGGUCCUCAAGAAACCGGAGCCAUCAUCACCGGUCCCCAAAAAACAGGCGCCAUCUUUACCGAGCCCGCUAAAACUGGUGCUAUCCUGACAGCCGCACCAGCUCCAAUACUCCCCGUUGCUCCCAUUGUCCUUCCAGCCCCAGCGCCAGCACCUAUUGCAUUGCCAGCUCCUGCACCAGUGGCGUACCUAGCACCAGCCCCGGCACCAGUAGCGUACCUAGCUCCAGCCCCAGCACCGGCAUUACCUCUUGCACCAUUGCCUUUGGCUGCUGCUGCCAUUACCAAAGGAGGUGGCACUAUUGGACUCUCCGGAGCCGGUGCCACUGUAAAAGGACCACCAACUGCUCCAGUUCUAAUUGAAGGACCUGCUGGCAAAAUCAAGGCUGAGGGACUUUGGGGACCCACCCUCCAAGGGCUUCCCUACACCAAGAAAUAUUAUUAAGUAGUUUAAAUUGACCAUAGCCCAAUUUUCUGACCUCAAAAUAACUCAUUCUUCUUAAUCGAUGCCUUGAAAAUACAAAACACCCUUUAUAAGGGCAUUAUUAGUAUAAGAAAGCAAUUGAAAUGUGAGAUAAACUAACAUCUUUCCUUUCUUUCUAUACUACCAUCUUCUUAAAUGCAAAUGUUUUUAUGUGGUUCUAGUCUAUUGUUCUGUACUGUUGCAUGCACAAUAUCUCUUUGUUCUAACUACCUCUAGUAGAAUAUAGUAUUGCAUUUAAUAUUCCUUUUGGCUUGUGGAUCUUAGUCACAUUUGAAUUGCUUUAGAAGUUUAGAUUUUUUUUUGAAGUAUGAAUUCAAGGUACGCUUAAAAAUGAGUUUAAAACUCGACUGCCCUUUAUUAUGUUGACCAUUGUUGUUCUUAGGUUAUUUAUUUAUAUAUGUUAUAGAGCAAAAUAUAAAAAAAACAUAAAAAAAUAU